AUGGAAGAUUUGUCAAACGAUUUACUGAUUGAAACAUGGAGUCGGCUUCCAUGGAAGAUGGCAGCGAGAUGCAAAUCCAUCUCAAAGCGAUUCUCAGCGUUGUUCUCGCAAAGAGACUUCAUUGAACGAUCCAUCGUUCACCACCACACUCUCUUCGAAAACAUGAACGAAGAGGAACACGAGAAACAGUAUCACUUAAAUCGCGUGGCCAGGCGCGUGCUCAUGCUCACCUUCUGCCCCACCCUUCAUCUUUGCAAUCCUCAGAACCAGAACCAGAACCAAUUGUCUCUGAGUUUCAUGGGCCUAGAAUUCGAUCAGGAACUAACAGACCCGUUCGGCCCAUAUGCAUGCAUAGUGGGCUUCUCGAAUGGCCUUCUUCUCUGCAAAAGGUCCAAACUUGAAAGAGAUUACUUCGUGUGCAACCCGGUGACGAAGGAGUGGGUUCAACUCCCUCCGCUGCCGCCACUCCCACAGCACGGUGAAACUCGACGCGCCUGUGAAGGGUUUGUUUGCGAACCUUAUUACAGCGUCGAAGAAAACAGAGUGAGUUUCAACCGUCACAGGUUCAGAGCAGUGCUUUUGGUUUCUCCGCCAAACUUCGAUGUGACGAUGACAAAGGUGAAAUUCGGAGCAGCCAUUUUCUCGUCCGAAACGUGGGAAUGGAAAACAAAGUUGGUUUCAUGGGACGAGCGUUUCGCGCCAGUUUUGUACGGUGAUGUAGGAGUUGAAUACGAAGGGAGGUUGUUUUUCAGGGAGAAGUUGAGUCUUGUGGUGUAUGAUCCUUUCGUGGAGGACGAUGUAUGCUAUCCGAUUCGUUAUCCUUCGGGCUUGUUGGCUCGACGAGGUUUUGCUAUCCGACGUGGGAUACACGUGGGGGUGUCCUGUGGUGCCCUCAGAAUCUUUCAUGGGUUUUUUGUGGGCUUUGGGCCCGCUGGGUGUGCCGGUGUUGUAUUGACUCUGUGGGAACUUGAAGAGGAAUGUGGUUGGCGUUUGUUGUACGACACUUACCUCCCUCUGAAGGAGUAUGAUGGGCCCAUACCCAUUGGUGGGUUUUAUUUUGCUAACGUUGACUAUCCAAUUACUGUUCUAGCUUUUCAUCCCCAUCAUGGAGAUGUUGUGUUCUUCCCAUAUAUUGAUCAAGUUUAUGUUUUUAACUUUAAGACCGACACUUUUGGCCCAUCUGGAUAUAGAGUUGAUCAGUUCCCCGUACCCUUCGAAAUUAUUUCAUUUCCCUUGCCGUUCUGCCCAACUCCACUUCCUUCCAUGCCCUUCAAUCAUAUUCAUUAG